CAAGGAUUGAGCUCACAACCCUGGGUUUAGCAGGCCAAUGCUCAAACCACUGAGCUAUCCCUCCCCCAACUACUAAUUUUGGGUGUCCACUUCAGAUACUAAGUGCCUAAUUUUCAGAGAUACUGAGCACUCUCAGCUGCCACUGACUUGGCAGUUGUGGAUGCUUAUGUCUGAAAAUCAAUCCCUGUUUCUCAAGUUGGGCACCCAAGAGAUCCAAAUUAGUGGACACUUCUUUAUUCAUUUCAGCUCUGAGGAAGAGAAGCAUUUCAAUGAAUGAAGAUGAAUUGAAAACACCUCUCUAAUGGUGCUUGUGGUCAGAAUAUUAUUAAAGAUACAGAAUAAAGUGAAAAUAAUACUAUUUUAUCUAAUAGUUAAAGUUCAAUAGUAAUAAUAUUAUUUUAUGUUUAUCUAGUUCCUUUGAAGCACUGUGGGAUACAUGGACUGUAGAUUGGGCCGCUCGCCAUCAAAAAGGUAUAAAGUAGAGCUGACGAGAGAAUGGCAAUUCUGUCUUGCAAAAACUUUUGGGGUUUCAAAAUUUGUUUUCAUUCUUCAUUGGAAUGAGAACAAAAACCUUUCAAAAGUUUUCAUGAAACAGAAUUGUGUUGAAAUGUCCAUUUUCAGAUUGAAAAGGUCAGGUUUCCAGUUCAGGUCUCUUUCUCUCUCGCUCCACCCUGGACCUCAGAAUCCUUCCUGAUGAAAAAAUUGUUGAAAUCGAUACAUUUCCAUGAAAUGUUUCAGUUUUGAUGAAACAACAUAUUCUGAUAAAGUAUAUUUAGUUGAAAAUCUUCCAACCAGCUCUGGUAUAAAGGAUUUGUUGGAAGGAAAAAUUCAUCAAGAAUGAAUGCAGGGUACAGGGGGGAUAAGUGUGGGGGAUUCCUGGAGAGAGAGAAUGGAAUUUGGGGUGUAUCUGGUUACAGGGGGGUGGUCUUAUGUGUGUGAUGCAAAUAGGGGUUAGUGAUGCAAAUAGGCAAGGGGUGGUGGAAAGUGAGGGUUGCCUUGGGGAGAUUGUGACCUCCUCUUGGCACUGUGAUGCUGUAGGGCACCAGCUGGUGUGGGAUGCAUGGCAUGGGCUCCCUCCUAUCAAGCUGCUUAGCGUGAUACAGCAGUGGAAACAUCACUAUCCAAAGCUGCUGCUUCUCAUCCGAAAGGGUAGUCCGCACCACUAGAGGCACCAUGGUAAGGAUGAAUGCAGCAACUCCCCAUUCAAGGAGGGAACAAGGUAUUCUGGGAAUGUGAGGACACAAGACUGUAUUCUCUCUACUACCUGCUCUGGAGCUGGGUGAGAGGGAGAGGAUUGUGGUUGCUUUUUGCUUCAGUGUUUGGAAUCUGGGAUGGGGGAGAAGGGAGGUGAAUGGGACCAGAGAUUGAUGUCUUUGAUUGAUAGACUAUAAGGUCUGCAGAGACCUAGUAAUUCACCUAGUAAUUCCUGCACCGAGCCAAAUCAUUUGCAACUGAACUUGAGUAAACUUUUUAGAAAGAUAUCCAGCUUUGAUUUAAAGACUUAGCGCGAGGGAGAAUGUACUACACCCCUGGCUAAGGUGUUCCAAUGUUUAAUGACCCUCAUUUAACAACUUAUGCCUUAUUUCCAGUAUGAAUUUUUCUAACUUCAGGUUCCAGCAAUUUUAUCUUGUUACGCUUUUGACAGCUAGAUUGAAGAGUCCUCUGGUUAGUACCAGUUACCUUCUUCCUGUGUAGGUACUUAGAGGCCAUGAUCAAGUUGCCACUGUAAGGUGUGUCCUCCAGUCCUGGAAUAAUUCUUGCAGCUCUUUACUAAAUCCUCUGCAACUCUUCAAUAAUUGGACCAAGUCUGGCAUGCACAGGGUUUGGAUGCUCCUGGCCCCAGACCCUGUGAUGCACUAGGUGGAGGCUUUUUAUUCUGCUCCAUCUCAUAACAGGGGAACUGAAAUGCUGGAUUUGAGAAGCUAACCCUCACAGGUGCAAAGGGGAUGAAGAAGCAGAUAUUAUUUGGGGAGGGACUACUACUUCCUUUUCCAUCCCCCUCUUCCUCCAACACACACAUACUUUAAAACAUGCUGGCAAGGUUUGCAUUUUUAACUGAGGCGUGAACUUUUUUUAACUUAAUAAUUUUUUAAAAGUACACUGUACCCUCAAUAUAUCCAGAUGACACACGAUGAAAUGCCUAUAAUCUAGAAAAUGACAAUGUUAAGUACAUUUGGAUUCUUACAGGGUAUGUGUACAUGUCACUUUUUUAUUCAAUCCAUAACUUCAAGCAAUACCAAGGUAAUAAAUACAUCCAGAUUAAAACUGACAAAAUUACAUCUGAUUAAAGGGAAAAAAAACUAUACUUCUAAAUUGUAUUGUUAUUUUUGACAACACAGAGGGAAAUCCAGGAGAGUGGUGAGAUAGUUCAGGGUGCAGAGAAAUAGUUCAUGGACAUGUACAGUAUACAUUUUCAGAAGGGGCUAGUGAUGUUGGGUCCUCAACAUGAGACAUCACCAAAGCCCGAGUCUCAGAAAGGGCUGAAUACUCACCCACAGAAAAAUCAAGCUCAUUAAAGGGUCUCAGUUUGUAACCCCAACAGUAGAGGCAUCCAAAAUCAUUAGCCACUUUUGAAAAUUUAGAUCAUAUUAGAAGAUGUGAGCACCCAUUCAAUGGUGCCCACAGUCCUAGUUAUGACAUCAUACCCCUGCUGAUCAUCAGUGGUUUGUGUCACAGACCCCUGACCUCACUGACAGGACAAGGGAGAGACUCGUGCUAUUUAUCACAGAAAGCACAUGAGAUUUAUAGUGUGUCAAAUACAGGCUGGGAAAAACAGUGAGGCAAAUUCAUCCUGGGUGGAACACCAUUACAUCAGUGGAAUUACAAAGAGGAGGAAUUUGGUCUUACACCUCUUAGGUGCCUGCUGUUUAUGAUUCUGUGUCUUUACUUUAGUAACAUAGAAUGGUUCUCAUAAUAGGAAUCUAGAAAUGACACAAAACUAUGCGAAAUGUAAAAGAGGUCAUAAUUUCAGGAACAUAAUUUACAAACUUUUUUCUGAUUAUUUUUAACUUAACUCCUCAUUUAUGUCCCGUUCAUCCUUCUGAUUCUCAUCUAAACUAAAAUCCCUUUACACUGUGCUGGCAGUAUAAAGCAGCCUUCAAGUGGGUGUAAACAUAAUUUAUUCCCACUUUAAGGCCAUUUUACCCUGCCACAGUGGGGUAAAAGGGGUUUAGUAUAAAUGAGAAUCAGGCCCAGUCUGGGUGUGAGAAGGGUAGCAACCCCUCCAAAACAUAUAGUCUGAAAGAGAAAUGGUCAAAGGACCUGAUUCAAAGCCUACUGAAAUAAACGGAAGCACUCCCAUUUUACUCCCACUUCAAUAAGCACAAUUGAAUUAGCCAUUAUUCCAUGGAAACGCUCAUGCUUACAAUUAGCAAUAGCAUAUUCUGUCCAUAGGACUCCUGAAGAACUAUGAUGGGAAGAAAACAUUUCCAAUUAAUUUCCUUUCAUUUUGGUCCCUACAAUUAUAUUUAAAUUCUCUCCUAGUACAGGGCUUUGCUCUGGAGAUCCAUCCCCCACCACACACACAGCUUCACCAUCUACUUAGAUGGAUCUAACAACAUGUGUGGACUUAUGGUAGUGAGUACAUAUGAAAAACAACAAGGUAGCUGCUACCUUGAAGAUAAGACUCUACCUCAGUACAGAUGAAGCCUAAAUCAGACUAUGCUCUAAAUGUCUGCAAACUGUAUAGGGUCUGGUCUUCUAGUACUGUAGUGCGGAUACAGUUAAUAAGAGCAAAUGUGAACCCCAGACUGUUAGACGAGUUUGGAGUAGGGUCAGGAUUUAAAUAUCCUACAGAGAUCAGUUUACUAUCCCUGGGACUCUGAGGAAGGUCCACUCUCUUCAUUGUUAAAGGAACAGUAACUUAUUUUAAAGCCAUUUACUUUGAAACUCCCCAUUUCAAAUCUCUUGCUUCUCUUGGCAUUUCUCCUGUGUCAGUCAGAGCAUUUCCAAAUUGUAGCAAGUGUAGCGAAGAAAAGGGUUUCAUGCAAAUCUGCUCUGCCAUUGGGAUUCAUCACAGGGAGCUGAUUCAAAAGGUAGAGUUAAGAUAUUCACUGGAAAGGAAAAAGAUCUGAUUAGGGGAAAAGGAGGCAGAUCUGCAGCCUUUAUGAGGCACAAGUCCUAUUAUGAAAUGAAUAACUCUCCAGAACAAGCUCCCCGCUGUGUGAGAAGAUAUAGAAAGAAGGUUGCUUACCAGAAAACAGCUCCUGUCUUCAUAUGAACUGGGUAGAGGUUUUUCCUUUUUUGAUGAAUGAGCUGGCAUAUUCAACUUACACCUCUACCCCGAUAUAACGCGACCCGAUAUAACACGAAUUCGGAUAUAACGAGGUAAAGCAGUGCUCCGGGUGGGCGGGGCUGCACGCUCCGGCGGAUCAAAGCAAAUUCAAUAUUACGCGGUUUCACCUAUAAUGCGGUAAGAUUUUUUGGCUCCCGAGGACAGCAUUAUAUUGGGGUAGAGGUGUAUUUACAGACUGUGCUCAUUAUAACAGCAGGAGAAGACACGGGCCAGAAAACAGAAUGAAAUCCUACCUCAUCUGACUCUUUCACUCACUAAAAACAAAAACAAAAAUCUUAUUUGUGUUUAAAUAAAAAUAGAACAAGGCUUCACUCCUAGCUUUGGGUUUGGUUCUUGAAAACCUGAGACAUGGUCAACAAGGUUUUAUAAAAUAUGGUUGUACCUUUAGCUCAGGUUGGCUAAUCUGUCAGGGAGUAUAAGCUUGAGUUAGCACAACUCGUCCAUGACUGCUCUGCUGUGUGGACCCAGGCUAGCGCCACUUGAAUUCCCCACCAUGUGCCCAAGCAGGACAGAGAAGUUCUACCAUAAUUCACUGAGAAAGAAAUCAUAUUACAUCACAGCUUGCAGCAUUGUAAAGAACCAUGUGAUAUGCCUCCAGAAGUUUUAAUGCCAUACGAGUGAGUGGAGCAUCAACGUGGACACAAGAGAUUGAGUGGUGUUUGACAGUGUGGCUGCUCUCAUUUGAGCUAGUUUAACUCCAGAGGAGUAAUUCAAGUGUAGAUAGCACAAGUUCACGCUGCAGUGAAGACAUACCCUACGACUGACUAGGAAGUGCUUGCUAAAAUAUCUUAUGUUUGAAUAUACCUCAUCCAGCAGCAGUGCUCACCCAAAGGGCUUUUUGUAAUUCUUACUCAUUGGUGGUCAAUAGCGCAACCUUCGGGGCAAGAGACAUUUAUUUUGUUUAGCAUUUAAUUAUUUUUGUUUUGUGUUUACGUAAUUAUAGUGCCUUGCUGACAUGGCAAUAACCACUUUGGAAAUUAGUUAAAUAUAUAUACAUGUGCUUGCUCAAAAUAUGCUUCAAUGACACUGACAGCACAGCCAUGUCUAAACGUGCAGGGUGCACACCUGUAAGUGUGUGAGUAUGAGCUCUCAGGAGAUAAGAUCUUUCACAUGUGAAACUAAAGUGCCAAGGGAAUGAGGCUGAGUCAACAACUCCUUGAGCUGGGCACUGAUGAAAGCAGUUUUCCCAUCCUCCAGUCCAGUCUCCCAGUUGAGGGCUAAGGGCUCAGAAGACACCUCACCCCUGUUGAGUUAUAUAUAGUUAGAAAAUGCUGCAUGCUGUGUCAGGUCCCAGCCAAGAAUAAAAAUAAAUGGACCUUGCACAUGCUGUUCAUUUGGGAUCUGUCACAGUGUAUACAUGUUUGUGUGCCUAUAUGUAUGCGUAUACAUGAGGGCAUGUAUUUGGUGUACACAGGUAUGUGUGUGAGUGCCUGAAAAUCUCCAUUUUUCUUUGUGAUUUGCUAUUUAUGUCCUUGUGUAGCUCUGCAGAAAAAUACAUUCGCCAUCCUAUUUGUAAAUAAGAGUUGGAACUUCUACUACAGGCAGAGAACAGAGGCUAGGCCCCAUUUCCAUGGGUCCAUGUGCACACCAGUUCCAGUUGGGUAUGCGAGGUUGGAGACUCCAAACCAGAGCGUGAGUGCAUCUCUGUUCAUGUUGGCCAGGCUGGAGUUCAGAUUGGCAAUGCAUGCUGGGAACUUUUCUGUCUGGAACAUGGCAUUCAGCCAGAUGGUACCUUCAAGAAUCAGUUCAACAAGGUCAACAAUGAUGAUUCCUUUGCCACAUUUUUCAGAGAGACAGGCACAGGAAAGCAUGUGCCACGGGCUAUUAUGGUAGACUUGGAGCAAACUGUAGUAGAUGAAGUGCGGACUGGCACUUACCGUCAGCUUUUCCAUCCAGAACAGCUGAUCACUGGAAAGGAAGAUGCAGCUAAUAACUAUGCCCGUGGUCACUACACCAUUGGCAAAGACAGAAUUGACUUGGCAUUAGAUCGUAUCCGUAAACUGGCCGAUGCCUGUUCUGGGCUACAGGGAUUCCUGAUUUUCCACAGCUUUGGUGGGGGCACUGGCUCUGGCUUUACCUCCUUGUUGAUGGAACGCCUCUCCCUGGAUUAUGGCAAGAAGUCCAAACUGGAGUUUGCCAUCUACCCAGCCCCGCAAGUCUCCACUGCCGUAGUGGAGCCGUACAACUCCAUCCUGACCACUCACACCACCCUGGAGCAUUCCGACUGUGCCUUCAUGGUGGACAACGAGGCCAUCUAUGACAUCUGCUGUCGCAACUUGGACAUUGAGCGCCCCACUUACACCAACCUUAACCGUCUCAUCAGCCAGAUAGUCUCAUCAAUCACUGCCUCUCUGCGCUUCGAUGGUGCCCUCAAUGUGGAUCUGACAGAGUUUCAGACCAAUCUGGUGCCUUACCCUCGCAUCCACUUCCCCUUGGUAACAUAUGCACCCAUCAUCUCCUCCGAGAGAGCUUACCACGAGCAGCUGUCAGUGGCGGAAAUCACCAGUUCCUGCUUUGAACCCAACAACCAGAUGGUGAAGUGUGAUCCACGUCAUGGAAAAUACAUGGCCUGCUGCAUGCUGUACCGCGGUGACGUGGUCCCCAAAGAUGUCAACGUAGCUAUUGCUGCCAUCAAGACCAAGAGAACUAUCCAGUUUGUGGACUGGUGUCCAACAGGCUUCAAGGUUGGAAUCAAUUAUCAGCCUCCCACAAUAACACCCGGAGGAGACCUGGCCCAAGUGGAACGUGCCGUCUGCAUGCUAAGCAACACCACAGCCAUCGCUGAGGCCUGGGCAAGGCUGGACCACAAGUUUGAUCUGAUGUAUGCCAAGAGGGCAUUUGUGCACUGGUAUGUUGGUGAAGGCAUGGAGGAAGGGGAGUUUGCAGAGGCCCGAGAGGACUUGUCUGCACUGGAGAAGGACUACGAGGAAGUGGGAACGAACUCAUUUGGAGAAGAAAAUGACGGGGAGGAAUUUUGAAAUACACUUUAACCCUUGCUGCAUGCAGGAUUGUCUUUGUGUCUUUUUACUGCAUGUGUCUGCAUUCCUGUUUGUUUUAUACACCCAACAGUUCCCAUAGACUGAAUAUUAUGAGGUCCAUGUUCCAAGAAUGCUCUUUCCUACCCCUCAAAUCAUGGGACAAUGAUCAUAUGAGAUAUGUCCACCUGCUCCUAAGUCAUAAUUCCUAGGAAGACAACAAACCUUAGAUAUCCUGCCAAUGCACCCUGGGAGAAAGUUUCUUUUUGAGCCAAGUCCCACUGUAUUAUAAUGUAAUAUUUACUAUAAUUUAUUCAUCUAAGGAUUCACUCAUGCAUCUCCAAUAUCAUUAUUUGACAAGUUUUAUUUGUAAUAUUUGCUUUAAAAUGCUAUAUACAGUGGUGGCAGUGAGACUUUGAAAAGAUAGAGGAUUGCUAUUGCAGGAACCAAUGUUACUGAGCAGCAAUGCUUAUCCAUAGGUUCAAAUUAGUUGGAAGAUAAGUCAAUAAAGCCUUCCUAGUUUACAAUGCUA